AUGGAGACUCUGAAGCUUCUGCAAGCUCUGUGCCCUCUCGUUUUCCUCCUCGCCUGCUCCAUGUCCAACGCCUCCGUCUUACAAGACGCGUGCAAGUCCUUCGCCGCUAAAAACCCGGACACCGGCUACGCCUACUGCAUCAAGUUCUUCCAGGCCGACAAGGGAAGCGCCAGCGCGGACAAGCGUGGCCUCGCCGCCAUCGCCGUGAAGCUCACCGGGGCAGCCGCCAAGAGCACCGCCAAGCACAUCGCCGCCCUGCGGGCCUCCGAGAAGGACAAGAAGCGGCUGGCGGGCCUCAAAGAUUGCUCCGAGGUGUACACGCAGGCCGUGGACCAGACCGGCGUGGCGGCGAAGGGCAUCGCGUCGGGCACGCCCCGGGGCCGUGCGGACGCGGUGACGGCGCUCAGCGCGGUGGAGGACGCCCCCGGCACCUGUGAGCAGGGGUUCCAGGACCUGGGUGUGCCUUCGCCGCUGGCCUCGGAGGACGCCGGGUUCCGGAAGGAUGCGUCCAUCGUGCUGUCUGUAACGGCGGCGCUGUAG